AGAUCUAUAUAAAGGCAAUACAACACUAGAAUGAAACUCCAGACCAAAAGUUUAUUAACUGAUCACCCGCAAGUCCAUCCAAAAGAUGGAUUUCCACUACAUACAAACCCAAGACUCCUCAAAGCUACAGCAACGCAGUAGAAGGCUAACCCAAGCUCAGGUCAGGCUCUUGGAGACGAGCUUCACCACUGACCACAAGCUCCAAGCUGAGCGCAAGUUUCAGCUCGCCACAAGUCUCGGCAUGUCCCCGAGACAGUUGGCCAUUUGGUACCAGAACAGGCGAGCCCGGCAGAAGACGCAAACCAUAGAGUUCGAUUACAGAACAAUCCAGCUGAGGCUUGAGGACGUCUUGGCUGAGAAGAGAAGGCUCGAGAAAGAAGUUGUAAUGCUUAAACAUGAGUUGAACAAGGCUCAACAGAUGCAGCUUCUUGCAUCAUCAGGUGCCGUGAAUUCGGCUGCAAAUUCUGAUCUUCCUUCGGUUGCAGUGUCAGCCGUGGAUGAUCAUGCUAGUUCGAGCUCACUUCAUAACUAUAGCUAUGGUGAAGAGAAUAAUGUUGCUCAGUUGCAGGUGGAAGAGCUAUAUACUUGCUUGUCUCCUUGGCCUUGAUCAAGGAUGAAUACUGAAUGCUGACCCCCACUGUAAUAUAAGCCGUUUUGUUGAGUUGUUUAAGAAAGGUUUUAUUUAUUUGAAUCAGUUUUUUGGCUCACAGAAAGUUGUUUGUUCA